AUGAAUGAAGAUGAAGAUGGUUAUAGAAAAUUAAUUGAUGAAAAAAAAGAUAAACGUUUAGCUUAUUUAUUAUCACAAACAGAUGCAUAUAUAAUAAGUUUAGUUAAUCUUGUUAAAGAACAUCAAAAUGAUUUAAAAAAGAAAAAAAUGGAAAAAAAACAGUAUUUUAAUGAUAAUAAUAAUCAUUAUCAAAUAAAAGAUGAACAAAAUCCUUUACGUAUUAAAGUUAAAAAUAUGAUAACAGGUGAAAUAAAAGAUGGUUUUGAUGCACCAUUAUCAUCAGACUUAAAUUUAUGGUUAGAAAAAAAUCCUGAUUGGCAACCAAUACCAAGAGAUACAAGUGAUGAUGAAGAUGAUGAUAUAGCACGUUUACCUGAAACAACAAAUUCAAUACCAAUACCAAUACCAAUACCAAUACCAACACCUGAUGAACAAGAAAAAGGUGUUGUUGAAGAUGAAAAUGUUGUUAAAGAAGUUUUAACAAAAGCUAAACAAGCAACUGAAGAUGAUGAAUAUCAUACAUCAUCACUUGAUUCAUAUUAUGCUGUUGCACAUCGUGUUAGAGAACGUGUUACUAAACAAUCGUUAUUACUUGUUGGAGGAAUACUUAAACCAUAUCAAAUACAAGGUUUAGAAUGGCUUGUUUCAUUAUAUAAUAAUCAUCUUAAUGGAAUUCUUGCUGAUGAAAUGGGUCUCGGAAAGACAAUUCAAACAAUUGCUCUUGUAACAUAUUUAAUGGAAGUUAAAAAAGUCAAUGGACCUUAUUUAAUCAUUGUACCAUUAUCUACAUUAGCUAAUUGGGUUAAUGAAUUUAAUAAAUGGUCACCAUCUGUUUCAACAAUUAUAUUUAAAGGUAAUCCACAAGUACGUAAAUCUCUUGGUCAAACAUUAAGAAGUGGUAAAUUUAAUGUUCUAUUAACAACAUAUGAAUAUGUUAUCAAAGAUAAAGCAUUAUUAUCAAAAAUCAGAUGGCGUUAUAUGAUAAUCGACGAAGGUCAUCGAAUGAAAAAUCAUCAUUGUAAAUUAACACAAGUACUUAAUACAUUUUAUAUUGCUCCACAUCGUUUAUUAUUAACUGGUACACCAUUACAAAAUAAAUUACCUGAAUUAUGGGCAUUAUUAAAUUUUCUUUUACCAUCAAUCUUUAAAUCAUGUACAACAUUUGAACAAUGGUUUAAUGCACCAUUUGCAACAACAUGUGAAAAAGUUGAACUUAAUCCAGAAGAAACAUUACUUAUUAUAAGACGUUUACAUAAAGUUUUACGACCAUUUCUUUUACGUCGACUUAAAAAAGAAGUUGAAUCACAAUUACCAGAUAAAAUUGAAUAUGUUAUUAAAUGUGAUAUGUCAGCAUUACAAAGAGUUAUGUAUAAUCAAAUGCAAACAAGUGGAAUUCUUCUUACAGAAGAUAAAAAUGGUAAAGCAAGUAAUCCAAAAGCGUUAAUGAAUACAAUAAUGCAAUUACGUAAAAUAUGUAAUCAUCCAUUUAUGUUUAAUGAAAUUGAAGAAAAACUUUGUAACCAUUUUAAUUAUACAAGUGGUGUUUGUUUAGGAGCUGAUCUUUAUCGUGCAUCGGGUAAAUUUGAAUUACUCGAUCGUAUAUUACCAAAAUUAAAAGUAACAAAUCAUCGUGUUUUACUUUUUUGUCAGAUGACAUCACUCAUGACAAUAAUGGAAGAUUAUUUUGCUUAUAAAAAUUUUACUUAUUUACGUCUUGAUGGUCAAACAAAAUCUGAAGAACGUGGUGAUUUAUUAGCUAAAUUUAGUGAAGCUAAUUCAGAUUAUUUCAUAUUUUUAUUAUCAACACGUGCUGGUGGUUUAGGUUUAAAUUUACAAAAAGCCGAUACAGUUGUUAUAUUUGAUUCCGAUUGGAAUCCACAUCAAGAUUUACAAGCACAAGAUCGUGCACAUCGUAUUGGUCAAGUUAAUGAAGUUCGCGUUCUACGUUUAAUGACUGUAAAUAGUGUUGAAGAAAAAAUCUUAGCUGCAGCUCGUUAUAAAUUAAAUGUUGAUGAAAAAGUUAUUCAAGCUGGAAUGUUUAAUAAUAAAUCAACAGGAAAUGAACGAAGACAAUUUUUACAACAAAUACUUUUACAGGAAACAGAAGAAGGUGAUGAAGAAGAAGAUGAAGUACCAGAUGAUGAAGUUAUUAAUCAAAUGAUUGCACGCAGUGAAGAUGAAUAUAAUCUGUUUAAUAGAAUGGAUCGUGAACGACGACAUGCUGAAGCUCGUAUGCCUAAUAGAAAACCACGUCUUUUUGAAUUAUCAGAAUUACCAGCAUGGUUAACAAAAGAUCCAAAAGAAUUAGAAAAUGCUUUAAUUGAUCAAGAAACAUUAGAUUUAUUAGGACGUGGUACAAGACAACGAAAAGAAGUAGAUUAUUCAGAUUCAUUAACUGAGAAAGAAUGGCUCAAGGCUAUUGAAGAUGGAACAUUAAAUGCAACUGAACAAGAUAAAAAACGUCGACGUAAACGACGUCUUCUUAAUGUUGAUAUAGAUGAUGAUGAUGAUGAUGGUGGUAGUAGUGGUAUUCAACAUGAUGAAAUGGAUAUUCGACAAGGUGAUAAUGAUUUUGAAAGUAUAGAUUCUAAAUCAAGUAAACGAAUAGGGAAACGUAAAUUAAAAGAAACAAAUAAAAAUUAUUUAAAUGAACCAAUACCAUCAAAAUUAUUUAAACAAAUGCAAACUUUAUUAGAUUUUGUUAUUAAAUAUCGAGACAAUGAUGAUAAUCGAAUUUUAAGUAAACCAUUUAUGCGUUUACCAACACAAAAAGAAUUACCAGAAUAUUAUGAUAUGAUUAAAAAUCCUGUUGAUUUUAAUAAAAUUAAAAAAAAACUUAGUGAAUAUCGUUAUCGAAGUAUUGAUGAACUUGAAGCUGAUGUUAUGCUUUUAUGUAAAAAUGCUCAAGAAUUUAAUAUGGAAAAUUCAAAUAUUUAUGAAGAUUCAAUUAUACUUCAAUCAGUAUUUACUAAUGCACGUGAACGUCUGGACAAAGGUGAAAUACCAAUUAGUUCAAAUUCUGAAGAUGAAUCAGAUGAUGAUGAACCACUCAAAAAACGCGUUAAGAAAGAAACUAGUAUAAAAAAGAAAUCUCAAAUUCAAUCACGUACAUCUGGUCCUGGAAGUAAUAGUUCAACUAAUCGACGUAAAGCUCGUAUAAUGAGUGAUGAUGAAGAUAUAACAAUGGAUGAAACAAAUCAAUCAUUCUAUGGCGGUAUUGAUGAUGAUGAUGAUGAAGGAACUCGUGGUUCCGGUUCACGUCAAAAAUAA